AUGGAGGCCAGGGCUCUCGCAUACGCCGUGGAAGGGCCGCGCGGGGAGGAGGCCUGGUUGAGGGCGAAGGCCGCGGCGGACACGAAGGCCACGGUGGCCACAGCGGCCGCGGAAGAGGCUCAGGCGAUCGCGAAGGGCGCGGCGGUCCUGAAGACCGCGGCGGACCGCGAGCGGCGCAUGCGCGUCGCGCGGCUCCGCCCGAAGGUGGCGAGCCGCUUCCCGCACGUGUACGCGGCGACGGAGGCGCAGGCUGCCGCGGACGCGAGGGCUGCGGUCGCGGAAGAGGAUGCGCGCGAGGCGAAGGCUGCGGCGGUCCUGCAGACCGCGGUGGACCGCGAGCGGCGCGUUCGCGUCAAUCGGCUCCGCUCGAAGGUGGCGCGCAACUUCCCGCACGUCAUCGAGAAGGCGUACGCGCGGGCUGCGGCGGACGCGAAGGCCAUUCGCAUCGCGCGGCUGUCCCCGAUGGCGGCGCGCCCCUUCGCGCACCUGAAGGCCGGCGUCGCGCGGCUCCGCCCGAGCGUGGAACGCGGCUUCGCGCGGAUGAAGGCCGCGGCGGACGCGAAGGCCGCGGCGGACGCGCGGCUCCCCCCGGGGGUGGCCGAGGCCGCGGCGGAGGUGGAGCUGGAGGCCGCGGCGAAGGCCUACGCGAAGGCCGUGGCGAAGGCGCCGGGCUACGUGCCGCCGCUCGGCGGCCGCGUCGCCGGAUCCUUGGACGCCUUCGCGCGGGACACGCGCGCGGCGUCCUUUGGCGCGCCGCCGCAGGCGCCCUUUGGCGCGCCGCUCGGGCGUGACCGGCUCGGCUCGGCCCCGCAGGCGCCCUUUGGCGCGCCGCUCGCGGCGUACGUCCCCAACGACGCUGACAGCGGCACGAUGGACGCCCUGCAGGACGAGGUCCUAGCGACCGAGGAGCUUCUGCGGCGCCUGAGGGCGACCCAGGCCGCCUUCGCCGCGGACGAGGCGUUCAAGGCGGACAUGGCGUUCGCAGAGGCGUCGGCGAGAGAGAGACUGGAGGUGGCGCCGGUACACCGCUCGCUCGGCUCGGCGCAAUUUCGGACGUCGCGCGAGGCCGAGGAGGCGGCGCCGGAACGCCGCUCGCUCUUCUCGCUCAUCAAGGAGCACGGCCCGAGACUGGGGCGCCAACUGUACGAAGCGGGCGAGACGGCCCCGGCGCCGGUCGACCUACCCGCCGUCGCCCGCUCUACCUACGGCCAGUCGUCCUUCGGCCAGCCGCCGCCGUCGCCGGCGCGCGCCGCCGCCGUCCGCCCUACCUACGCGUCGUCGACCUACGGCGCGUCGUCCUACGGCGCGUCGUCCUACGGCCAGCAGCCCUACGGCCAGCGGCUCUUCGAUGAUGAGUCGUCGGAGUACGAGACUGAGGAGGAGCGUCGGCGGCGCCUGAAGGAGGCCUGGGUCGCCGUCGCCCGACCGCCGCCUCUCGAGCCCGCGGCGCCGGAACGCCGCUCGCUCGGCUCGCUCAUCAAGGAGCACGGCCCAAAGAUGGGACGCAUACUGUACAAAGCGGGCGAGGAGGCCGGAUCUGCCUACGGCCAGUCGUCCUACGGCCAGCCGUCCUACGGCCAGCCGUCCUACGGUCAGCCGUCCUACGGCCAGCCGCCGCCGUCCUACGGCGCGUCGCCCUACGGCCAGCAGCCGCCGUCGCCCUACGGCGCGGGCGGCCCAAACCGCGACUCGCUCGAGACGGAGCUGGCGCGGAUCCGGAGCGAUUUCCCGGCCGGGGGCUCCCACGCUGAUCUUCUGAACGGCCUCGUCGCCGCCGCGUUGUCCCGCGGCCAGCAGCCCUACGGCCAGCAGCCCUACGGCCAGCCGUCGCCGCCGCUCUACGGCGCGUCGUCCUACGGCCAGCAGGCGCGGUCCUACCAGCUGCCGCCGGUACCCCACUCGCUCGGCGCGCUGCAGCCGCCGGCACCCCGCUCGCUCGGCGCGCUCAUCAAGGAGCACGGCCCGAAGAUGGGCCGCGCGCUGUACAUGGGGGGGCAGGGGGCCGCCCCGGCGAUGGCGCCCGGCGCCUUCGCCCUCUCUCCCGUGCAACAGUCGUCCUACGGCCAGCCGCCGCCGCCGCCCUACGGCGCGUCGUCCUACGGCCAGUCCUACGGCCAGCCGCCGCCGCUCUACGGCCAGUCGUCCUACGGCCAGCAGCCGCCGUCGCCCUACGGCGCGGGCGGCCCAAACCGCGGCUCGCUCGAGGCGGAGCUGGCGCGGAUCCGGAGCGACUUCCCGGCCACCGCCCCCCAAGAGCCCGCAGCGAUGGGCCGCGAGAGCAACGCGUCGAUCAACGAGGACGACGAGGGCGCGCCGACGCGCGCGCGGCGCACGCAAUGGGCCCUGUCCGCGGAGCAGGAGGAGGCCUGCGUCUUCCGCGAGGACGAGGACGCGACCAUGUUCGCGAACAACGAGGCCUUCGCCCUGGCGAAGAUGAACUACGUGCAGCUCAUCGGCGAGGUCGAGCCCGUCGAGGACCGCGAGGAGGCCGUCGCGGCGCGGCCGAAGACGGAUUUGCAGCGGCAGGUGGACCACAAGCGGAGCAAGUUCGAGGGCCAGAACACGAACUUCGCGGCGCAGACGACGCGCAACGAGCUGCGGCGGUGGCAGGAGACGAACCGGACCAACGGCCCGGCGAACAAGCGGCUCCUCGAGCGCGAGGCCCUCGCGAUCGAGAACAGCGCGGGCGACGACGACCUCAAGGCGAUGAAGCGCGCGGAGCUCAAGGCGAAGAUGGAGACCAUGGGCCUGCUCACGGAGAAGAAGCCCAAGAAGGUCAAGGAGCAGCUCGACCCGGACGUGAACUACACCUUCGCCGGCUGGGACCCGCGCGUCGAGUCGUUCCCGUGCCCGUCCGGCGACCAGCGGCUCCCGAGCGAGGGGCCGGCCUUCCUGCGGGUGCUGGACCGCAAGGCGGCCUUCGAGCGCGAGACGGCGAACCAGUCCGCGGCGUCGCGGGAGCUCGACAGGGAGCUCGAGCACGGCACGCUGGCCAAGGUCGUCAACUGUGUCGUCAAGGACCGGCGCAUGGUCCGCGUCCGCGAGUACUUCAACACGCAGGUCAAGUCCCACGAGGAGGAGGCCAUCGACGGCGUCGUCUUGGACAAGGCGGAGCGGAAGCGGCGCAAGCUCCUGGCCAAGGCGCGGCGCAAGCGCCUCAAGGAGAACCCGCACAACCUGGACUGGGGGUCGAGCCGCAUGAAGCGGUCCGCGCUCGGCAAGUGCCUCAACCGCGUCGCCGCCUGCGGCCGGUCCGCGGGCAAAGCGGCCUACGACAGGGCGCGGGGCCGCAAGAAGGUCAAGGUCCAGUACGACCCCACGGGCGGCGGCAGCCCGCGGUCCGAGAGCUCCGAGUCGACGCGGCGGUCGGAGUCGUCCCGCGGCGCUGCGCGGCCGUCGCUCGCCCAGACGCUGCGGGGCCUCCCCGCGGCGGCCUACGCCUCCGUGCGCGCCGCGACGCCGCCCCUCGCCGCGACGCUCCGCGCCGCGACGCCCGAGCGCUUCCGCCGGCCGCGUCCGGGCUCGCCGGGCGACGCGCCGAAGACGGCGCCCGCGCCGACGUCGCGGUCCCCGACGACGCGCGGCGCGCAGCCCGUCUUCCCGCGCAAGCGGCGCAAGAGCCGCACGCUCUUUUCCGCGCCCGCGGGGCUCGGCGACGGCGCGAGCGAGGCGACGGACGGCUCGUCGCUCACGUCGGAGCGGCCCGCGGGCGUCCCGGGCCCGCGCGGCGGCCGGAACAAGCAGAAGCGCAAAAAGUCCGCGGCGUCCGCCGCGAGCGACGCGCCCGCGGGCACCUACGAGUGCGAGAAGGGCUGCGGCUUCCGCGGCGGCUUCGACGACGUCGCCGCGCACGAGGCGACGUGCGCCUACGACCCCGCGGACUACACCGACGGGUCCACCGUCGCGACGAACGAGUCCAAGUCCAAGCUCUACGAGUGCGAGCGGGGCUGCGGCUUCCGCGGCGACUUCGAGGGCGUGUCGCGCCACGAGAAGACGUGCGCGUUCGAGCGGCCGGGCGUCGCCGCGGUCGAGGCGGACGUCCCGCCGCCGGCGGACCCGGACCCGGCGUCGUCGUCGAACCUGAACAACCCGCUCCUCUUCGAGUGCGAGCGCGACUGCGGCUUCCGGGGCAGCCACGCGGAGGUGGCGGCGCACGAGAAGACGUGCGCCUUCGGCGACGACGAGUCGGACGUCGGCUCCGAGGACAGCGCGGGGACCGUCGCGCGGAAGAAGGCCAAGCAGAAGGCCAAGGCCGACGCGGCGAAGCUGAAGAAGAAGGAGGACCUGCGCAAGAGCGGCGGCUUCGCGGGCGCGGCGAGCCGCCGCGCGUCCGCGCUCGGGCGGAAGCUGCCGUCCGUGGCCAACCUCAAGAAUUUGAGGAUCACGGCGAAGAACUUCAAGGGCCUCAACUUCGGGUCCCUCGGCACGCGCGGCUUCGGCUCCCUGCGGCCCGUCAUGUCGCGCUUCCAGCCGCGGAAGACGCUCAACCCGAGCCUCCGCGUCUUCUCGCGGAACGUCGUCGAGCCCGGCGCGCAGCUCCGCCAGGUCGUCGACAGCACGCCCGUCUACAAGCCGCUGCCCGGCGCCGCCGCGCCGCCGCCGCCCGGGUCGUCGCCCGCGUCGUCGCCCGCGAAGUCGCCCCCGAAGUCGCCCCCGAAGUCGCCGCUCCGCGCCGGCCGGAAGAAGAAGCGCGCGCGGACCGCGCCCGCGGCGGCCGGCGGCGACGCCGACGACCUCGGCGCCGACCCGGCGACGCCGCCGGCGACGACGACGCCCGGGUCGCGCCGCGAGCGGCGGAACCGGAAGCGGCGCGCGGAGGAGAAGGACGAGCCCGAGGGCUUCGUGCCGCCGCCCCUCGACGGCGACGAGGAGACCAAGGAGGAGUCGGCGGCGCGGUCCGUCCACUUUGGCGACGGCGACGGGCGCCGGGCCUCCAAGAACGUCGCGACCGCGGGCCUCGCGCCGCUCGCCGCCGCGGCCGGCGACGAGGCGCCGCCGCCGCGGUCGCGGUGCCGCCGCUUCUGCUGCUGCUGCUGCCCGCGGAGAAAGCGCGACGGCGAGCCGUCGACCUACAAGCGGAGCGCCAUGUCCGAGGCGAACAUGUCCUUCGAGGAGAAGCUCGCCGCGCGCGCGGAGCGGAAGCGGCGGCGCACGUGCGCCUACCAGCUCGCGCGCUGCUACCGCAACGUCUGCAAGGGCUCCUGCCGCUACCCGACCAUCGAGGACGCGCGCAAGGUCCAGCGCUUCUUCGAGUACCUCUACUCCUUCGUCGGCAUCCCCAAGCCCGUGCUCUGGUGCCUGCUCGGCGGCAUCAACGCGUGCGGCGCCGCGUACGACGCCGUGGCCCUGCGCGUCGCCAAGGUCUUCUUCGCGGGCAAGCUCGUCUACCGCGCGGCCAAGCUCUGCUGGAACCACGAGCCCCAGUACGACUACGACGACCUGCUCGCCGCGGUCACGGAGGGCCGCGUCGACGACCUCCGCUUCAUCUUCCUCGACAAGUACAGCGGCCUCCAGGUCGAGGAGACGACGCUCGACGGGCGCACCAUGCUCUUCGUCGCCAUCGAGCGCCAGCUCCAGCACGAGUUCAGCCUGCGGGAGGAGCUCGACCGCCUCGCGCGCGCGGAGCGCGUGUCGCCGGGCCUCUUCUUCAUGUCGCGGAAGCAGCAGAUCGUCGAGCUCGAGGACGUCGAGGUCGAGCAGCGGCGCAACGAGGCGGCCCAGGCCGCCGAGGAGGAGGAGCGCGAGAAGGCGGAGAUCAAGGCCGCGCGCAAGGACAAGGUCAAGAGCCACGCGACCAAAAUGCUCAUCGAGAAGCACAAGGCCAAGAAGAAGAAGAAGACGAAGGCCGAGAAGCUCAAGGAGGAGGGCCUCAAGCCGCCGACGCCCCUGGACCUCAUCAAAAAAUCCGAGAAGCUCACGAAGACCGCCGAGUACCUCGUCGGCAAGGGCGCGGACAUCAACACGCAGCAGGACCCGCGGCGCCACGCUGUGCGCCACGAGGGCACGGGCUGGGGCGUGCUCCACCACGCGGCCGUCGCCGGCAACGUCGACAAGAUCCGCUGGGUCAUGGGCAAGGGCGCCAUCGUCGACCUCGCGACGGAGGAGGGCGAGACGCCGCUCAUGAUGGCCGCGCUCGCGGGCGCGACGCGCGGCGUCCAGAUCCUGCUCGAGUACAACGCGUCCGUGACCAAGACCUGCUUCAAGGGCUACACGGCGCUCCACUACGCGGGCUCCGUCGGCGCGCUCGACUGCGCCGCGCUCCUCCUCCGCGCGGGCGCGAACAAGCGCGCGCGCACGCUGGGGGACGUGAAGUCGCCGUCGGACCUCGCCAAGGACAAGGGCCACACGGACACGUUCAGCCUCAUCAAGCUCUACAAGGAGCCCGCCGUGCCCGUCCGCGAGGUCUUCGACGCCAUGCUCAAGUCGGGCAAGGCCGGGGGGGCGAGCCCCGCGACGCACGUCGGCGAGCCCGCGGCCGCGUCGAAGAGCGCCGCGAGCCGCGCGGCGAGGUCCUUCGUCGCGCCGCGGUUCGGCGCGCCGCACCACGUGAGCGCGUUGUGGAGCGUCUUCCAGCCGAGCUUGGCGAGGCACGCCGCGGACGCGUCGUCGCCGACGCAGAUCAUGCGGCGGACCUCGUCCGCGGCGUAG